GAAACACCGCCGCCGACCGCCAGUCAGCGCCAGUCUCGGCGCAGACCUAGCGCAGAGGUGGUUUGUCCGCAUUCUCUCGCCGGAGUUGAGGAAAGGCAACAUGGCCGCCGCCUGCCAUAUGUUCACCGCGGCGCUGCCGCUCCUGCUGCUGCUGGCGUGCCACGCUUUCAGGGUUGACAAGUACUCGCUGCUGAUGCCCAACGUCAGACCGACGACGCCAGAGCUGUACCUUUGCACACCUGUAAAAGUGGACCCCAGUAAAAGUUAUUAUAUAGUGGGUUUCGAGCCGAACGCCACAAUGGCAACAGCGCACCACAUGCUGCUGUACGGCUGCAAGACCCCGGGCAGCCAGAAGGCAGUGUGGAACUGCGGGGAAAUGGCGCAGCACGACAACAGCCUGGAGGCUUCCAGUCCAUGCGCGGCGGGCUCGCAGGUGAUAUACGCGUGGGCCAGAGACGCGCCGCCGCUGUCCCUCCCGCCGGAGGUGGGCUUCCAGGUGGGCGGCAAAUCGCCCAUCCAGUACCUGGUGCUGCAGGUGCACUACGCCCACAUCGACCAGUUCGCAGAUGGCAGCACAGAUAAUUCCGGGAUAUUUCUGCACUACACAGAGCGGCCCAUGGAGAAGCUGGCGGGCGUGAUCCUGCUGGGCACGGGCGGCAUGAUCCCACCCAUGAGGAGAGAGCACAUGGAGACCAUGUGCCGGAUGAAGGAGAAGAAGACCAUCCACCCGUUCGCGUACCGCACCCACACGCACAGCCUGGGCAAGGUGGUGUCCGGCUACCGCGUGCGAGAGGACGAGAACGGCGUCGACCAGUGGACCCUGCUGGGCAAGCGGGACCCGCUCACGCCGCAGAUGUUCUACCCCGUGCUGAGCAACGUGACCGUCACGACGGGAGACAUGCUGGCUGCGCGCUGCACCAUGGAAAAUAAUCGUCGUGACUGGGUUAUGUCGGGGCCGACCAACAACGACGAGAUGUGCAACUUCUACCUGAUGUACUGGGUGGACCAGACGACCCCGCUCGACAUGAAGUACUGCUUCUCGAGCGGGCCGCCGCACUACUACUGGACGCAGUCCACCAAGCUGAACAACAUCCCGGACAUGGCGGCGAGCAGUCUCGACUCGUAGAGCCCGCGACCCUCCCCCCCACCACCAGCGGCGCGCACACGACUCCCUUCCUCUUCUGCCGGGUGACUUCUCAACACAAGGAACUACAGCACUAGAGGACUAACACCGGACAGCUAUACCUACACCUACAACACGGACAAGAGCAUGGUAAAAAUAACCUAGCGGAAAGAGGUGCGAUUCCCAACACAUUCAAUAUAAUUCAACUUCUUUUUUUAAGAAAUUUGAAGCACUGGAGGUUUUUAUUUUUUCACCAUAAAUCUGUGUAGUGAUUAAAAUAAGUUUUCUCUAAGAGAAAACAAAAUAUUAUUUAGUUGUCAUAAUGUUGGUACCACGUGUAUUUUAAACAGAUACAUUGUUGGGACUGGGCAUGCCCUCUGCCAUAUACCGGACCGACGUGAAAGGGAACGCUAGGAAUUUCACGCAAAAAUCUUGAAGCAGUCCGGUAUUAGUCUCCCCCCCCCCCCCCCCCCGCCCUUGUUCUUAAUAUUUGUCUCGCACGCCGAGUUGUCACCACCGCCAAUCAGAGGAUUCUUCUGUAAUUAUUAUGCUCCAAUAGCUCUCUUUCAUUCAUUGUCGUCUCGCAGAAUAUUCUCGCCGUAUAUUUGGGAGAUCCGCCAAGAAAACUAAACAACCACACUGCGAUUGAGACCGAGCGGUGCUAGUGUGACAACAACAACAACAAUAAGUGAGUAUUUCCGUACUCGCCAGUAAUGUGUAAACAUCUAACCUUGGUAAUUAAGCAAAUUAAGGUGUUCUCUGCUUAAUUUUUUUUUCUCAUGCAAAAGCUUUACUUAAAUUUCUAUGUGUAAACAUUGGAAUUCUAAAAGUCUGCUAUUCCCUCAGAUUUUAGUGUGCCGAUCAAUUUUCUUUUAAAAUUCAAACAAAACUUACUCGUAAAAAAAUUAUGUAAUGGUUAUACUGGAACCCCUCCUUCACAAAACCCUGGCUACGGCUGAACGAAAUGUAAAAGUUCAAACAAUCUAUCGCGAUAACACUUGCGUGACCAUCUGCCACUAUAUUAGACAAUAUUCAAUAAAUGUGUUUCCGUUGAGAAAAUUUGAGACGAACAAGGAAUGCAAGAGAGCGAUUGCUAAACAAAUUUGGGUUAAAAAAUUGAGUGCGUAUAUACUAUAUGGUGUUGGGUCAAUUCCCAAAAUUUAUGUUCAAGUUUUUUUUAUCCUGAAAUGCGAGAAAAUUCUCAGUUUUGAUUUCUAUGCCUAACUUUUAUAUAAAGCUAUUGGAGCACCUGAUUUUAUAUACAGCUACAGAAACUCAUUGGGUAUUUACAAAAUAUGUUUACUUAAUUUAUUGCAUAUGCUUAAUUUAUGCAUUUACGGUUAUGAAUAUUAAAUACAAAUCUUUGUCAGUAAACAAAUAUAUUGUAUGACUUCACAUAUUUGAUGGAUAUUAUUGGGAUAAAUGCUGCAACUAAUAGUGUUUUAUAUAUAUAUUUUUAUAUAUAUAUAUAUAUAUAUAUAUAUAUAUAUAUAUAUAUAUAUAUAUAUAUAUAAACAUGUAUUUGCACUUGUCUAAAUUAGGUACACUGAGGGAAAAAAAUUGCUUUCUAUGAGAUAUUUGUGAAGACCGUGCUUUAACAUCAUCUUACGAGAAUUUUGUUGAACAGUAUUCGUAAUAUGUAUCGAGCAUCCAAACAGCAAUCAUUUUUAACCAUAAAACCACUGGAUUAGUACUUACCUUGGGAUUGUGGUGAUUGAUGAAACCAAUCACAGUAAAAACUCAUUACAAAGUACUUCACAUCUGGAUAUUUCACUUCAAAGUUAUAUAUUCAGAACCAUUUAAGCACUUUUGCAUUUAGUACAGUAACAGUUCAGUAUAAUGAACUAUAAUCAUUUAGUACCAAAACAUUGGGGUGUUUAAGGUAUGUUGCAAUGAGAUUUCAUUGCAAUUUUUAAUAUCAAUUGACCCAACACUAACAUGAUCAUUAGUUAAUAUAUUUUAAUAAUAAAAUUAAUUUUGUAAAAUUAAUAUUGUAGAAAAAAUCCUAAUUUUGGAUACUUCUCAAAAAUUUUGUGUGUGCCACUGGUAUGUUUCUUUCACAGUGAACUUCAUAUACUUUUACAUUUCAUCUACUGCUACAUAUCAUUACCACUUCAUAUUCAUUUUCACCAGUUACAGAAUUUUUUUUAUGAGCAUAAGAUUAUCCGAGCAUGACACACCAUUUUGUUCAGUCAAACAUUAACUCUCACCCUUCAAUCAUAAUAGGUAGCUGCAACUGAACAGAAUUGGCAGAGAUAAGAAUCACUUCAUUGUAAUUUAACCUUAAAAAAAAAGUGCAUGUACUUAGGUUUGUUCGGCAUAAAUAAAACUUAAAAGUUAAAAUCAAAAUGAGGAGAACGCACAACAUUAAUAAAAUUAAAGAGAACCAACAAAGUGGCAAAUAUCAUUAUUCCUGUGUAUGUUCUUAAAUAAUAUUCUUGGCUAAUAAAUUAUUACAUUAUAAGUAAUCCUGAAAAGAGCCAAAUUGCAGAAAUUCUGUUCACUAGUUUCAUCAUUAAAAAAAAAGUAUUAGUAGUAGCAGCUAUUGAUUUAUUAAAAAUAUACAGUAUGUUCAAAAAUUGAUGGGUUUAAAUUUAAGGCAGGGAAUGACUGAACAACUAAUAUUUGGUAAGGCACUUAAGUCCGGAAACGUAACCCUUCACACAAGUAUGAAUUUUGCACUCAUUACACGCCACACCUUUGGCUGAGAAGAUGCAUGAUCUCAUCGCAGUGAUGUUCAAACGCUCCGUUGGAAGCAUGCGACGAGGCCAGUGCAGAUGUUUAGAGUAUAUUAGCAACCAGCUGUCUGUACACAGGCUCAGAUUUUACACUUUACAAACAGGCUGACUGUCAUUUGUCCAGAGUGCCAGUUUUUGAGGAGCGGGAGAAUCUUAGGUGUGAAAAAAAAAAAAAAAAAAAAGAACAAGGCUGUAAAAAUGAGUUUAUUAAGGUAAGGUAAUCAAUUGAUUUUCAAAAAUACGGACCUCGACUUAGCGGAGCCCUGGGUAUUCACUUUCAUGGACCCUCCCCCAGAAAAUUUAAAAACAUUUAUUCUUACCGGAUAAAUUAUCCUCAGGUCAGUUUUAUGAAUAUUUACUGUUAAAUUUCCUGUAGAAUCGCGUCAUUAUACAUGGCAAUAAAAGCUUCGAAUUUUUUUUUCUUCCUAAUACUAAAUCAUGAAUGGAAACAGGUAUUCACCAGCACUUAAAGUAACGAGAUAAUAAAUAUUUAAUUAUUUUUUUUCCAUUAAUGUCCAUAUUUUCAACAGAAGAGCCGCCCCUGAGCUUCUGUCGAGAUGCAAAGCUUCGCGUUCGAAUUGAAGCUCCGCAUUUGUUGCAAAGCUUUAAAACAUUGGAAGCCCGUUGUGUAUGCGUUGAUUUAGUAAAGUUGUUUACUUAAAAAAAAUAAAAUCAAAAGAAGGCACUCCAUUUGCUUUUAUUAAUGCCCAGUAUGAAUAAUAUGCAUGGUUAUUUUAUAUUUUUUUUUAUUGAAUGAUGUUAUAUAUGUUGGUCAAUCAGUUAAUCAGUUCAAGCACUACAAACGUUCAACUUCAAUCUUGUGUUUUAAACAGUAAGUGUAACACAGCUUCACAGAGAAUAAUAUUCGCAGUUCGAAUUGACUUCGCAAAUAUUUUAAACAUUUGAUUUGAUGUUCGCUUCACAUAGGCCUACUGUGCUGUAAACCAGACUGCUGUGUGCUACGGAUGCUAGUGCGUUGGCCAACUACAAAUCUGCGCUUUUUUGUCGCCUUGCUUUCCGCUAAGCAUUUGGACACCAGGGCUCUGCGAUGGCGCGUCCUUUCAGCCAAUGAAGUGACACACGUCUAAUGUGCGCAAUAUUCAAAUUUUUCCCCAACUAUUCGUGCCUGUAAACUUACAGGGUCGCGUUUUCGAACGUAAGAGUUUAUAUUCAAAAAUUGCUUGUCAACCAUUAAAUUUAUGCCCAGCAAUAUCUGAAUUACUUGUAUAUGAGCAUUUUUUUUAUUUGUUAGUUUCAUUAGGUAUUUUUUUUAUUUUUAGAAAAUAAACUACGUGCUACAUUAUAUAUCUUGCAUUUGAGCACAAAUGGACAAAACGCACAUGCACAUUGUACUUCAUCCUGUUAUAUUUCCAUUGUGUUUUACACAACAAUUUGUUGCAUAUUAAAAUAUCUGUCUCAGUGCACCUAAAGAAGAAUUACUUACUUUAAAAAUAUUAACAUUAUUAAAUUAUUAGAAUUGUUUGUGACAAACAUGUUAUUGGCUCAAGCUAAAUACAUUCCAUGCAAGGGUUCGAAAGUUUGAAAUAUGUAUGUCAGUAUUAUAUUUUUGCUUUAACAUAUAGUGUACUGUUGGCCCAAGUUAAAUAAAAUAAGAGUGUGUAUUUUAACACUGUUAUCGUUUAAAUGUUUACUUGGAGGUUGUUGAUUAUCUAUAAAUAUAAAUUUUAAUAUUUUUGAAAGAGUUUUAAGAGUGUAAAAAUUGUUUAUUUAAGUUUUAACUGUUACAGUGCCUCUAUUUUUAUAUGUUAUUUAUAAUAUGAUGUGCAACUUUCUUAAAAACAAUUAUUUAAAGUUGGUACAUACUUAUUUCAACCAUAUAUUAAUAAUAUUUAAGUAGGGUUUGACUGUUUAAAAGUGCAUUCUGCAAGUGAAACAUUCCCUGAAGAAAAAUAACAUUCGAGACAAGAAAACUAUUCUAAAAAAUUUUUUUUGUGAUUUUUUUUUUUGUAAUGGUCAUUUCUAAAGCUAACGAAGAGCUUUCAAUAAGUUGUCUACAGCAUUUGUAAGAAUAUUCAUCGACCACCUUCUAAUAACGGGGGUUCACUUACCCCCCACGCCACCACUCGCAAAGUUUGAGAGACUACACACUGCAACAACGUCUCUUCAGGUCAAGAAAAAGUCCUGGAAAAAAACAAAUGUGACCAAGUCUUUAAGUACUUGCCAGAGAUGUGUAACAUCUAACCUCGAUCAUGAGCAAAUUGUAUGUGUUCUCAUGUUGCACAGACACUUAAAAUACAAAACUUGGUCAAGAAAUUAAACGUAGAAUUUUUUUAAAAUAACGUUGAAAUGAUAUAUAUAAAUACAUUCAACUACAUUUCUCAACACCAAUCACACACUGUUUCUUCACCCACAUUUAGAAUUCUCUGCUGGAGCAGCUACGUUGACUAUCAAAAUAUUUGAUUAGGAGACUGAAAUUUUAAACUAUGUAAUGAAACGGCUCCUAUAAAACCAAAAAAAAGCUUGAAUAAAUACUAAACCUCGGCUUUAGAUCUUUUUUUUCGAAAACAAAAUUAUUUAUUAAAAUACUUUCCAUCUUGUUAAAAUUCAUCAUUAAACAUUUAAUAUUAUAAAGUUUACCUUUGGUCUUGUGAACUACGGUUCGGGCCAUCCGUCACAGAUGGCAGCACCAUGAUUACACAUAUCCGUUCCACGCGACUGCCGUUCCAUUCGCGAAGUUACUCCUACUAAAUGCAGAACACCAAGAGCUAAGAUGUUCUUACGUCAGUAAACAGCAACGGCGAUGGAAGUCACAAAACAUUAAUUUCCAGCAGCCUUUUACUAACUUUAUUUUUUUUCUUAACGCAUCACUUCAGUUCAUAGUUGCACAUUAAAUUGUAUUAGUUUCAGACUUUACUAAAAUCUUUUGGAAAUUAUCUCUGAAAAUAUUUUAGCUUCCUAAACAUAGCAAUCCUAUUCCCGUGAAUUGUUUCUCUUAUUUCGUAAAAUAAUUUAAAUUUUGCUUUAUCAUUAGUGACAGAUCAAACCCCAAUAUUCUCGAAUCUGAAUCUCAAAUUUGAAUCUCAGAGAGUACCUCGAAUAUACCCCUCGAAUCCAAAUGUAGGUGUCGAGGGGAAAAAAAUAAAAUAAUAUAUUAACUAUGAUUUUGAAAUAUUCUAGCCUUUAAAUGGUAGUUUUACAAACUAACUUUCAGAAUCAAUACUUAUUGUAAUUUUAUUUAUAAAAUUACAUGUUAAAAGUACAAUAUCUUGGAGAAUAGUAACAGAAUAGGUAUGAGGGAAAAAAAAUGAUCUCAUAAACUUCAGAGGUUAUCAAUGUUGAAUUUUUUAUUUACUAUUAUUACUUGUAAUAUUUUUCUACAAAUAUUUUUCUUCGAGUAUUGAAUCCAUCGAAUACUACGGAUUUGAUGGUAUUUGGAGAUUUGAUUGGCUCAUCCCUACUUGUUAUAAAUAAAAAUGACUGUGUAAUAAAAUGUUACGAAAAAAAUUUAUUGAAACAUUCUGAAAAAGUCCUGAGAUUGGUUCACCAGGUAUCUGUAGACACUUUGUCCAAGAAUAAUUACAUUGCUUGUGACAGUGCCAAAGAAAAUGUUUUCAAAUCAAAAUAUAUGUUUUCCAUUUUGUACAUAUUUGAUUGUGGUAAAAUUACUUUCAAUCAUAGAUAGUUUCAUGCAUUGUUGUUCGUUAAUUUUCAUAUGAAUGCACUACUAUCUUUAGUUUGACUUUCACAAAGUUCAAUGCCUAGCAAUCCAAAACUUUUUUUUUUGCAGCAUAUGUUUGUAGCACUGAUUUCAGGGCUCAGGGUUGAUUGUCAUUCUCGUCAUUGGAAGGUGGUCAUUAGCCGCAGUAGAAAUAGUAGGUGAAACCAUUGAGUUGUCUGCAGCUGUAACUUUUUUUAAAGUCAUAGCGUAGCAUUCAACAACCCAAGUAACUCGAAUUCGUGUGACGUCACAGUUGGGUUGGUUUCACCUAUUUAUUCUCACCAUGGAUACAGAAUUUUAUUAAAAUAUCCUUAUUCAUAAUGAUUUAAAAAAAAAUUGUUUAUUUUUUUAUAAUUUUGUAGCACCAAACUCCAUGCUUUACUUUAUUAGUAGUAAACCAUACAUUAUUUAAGUUACUGUAUCUUAAAAGUGUGUGAUUGUUAUGUAUAGAAUUGUAAGAUGAGUGGUUACAUAAAAUAUGAGAAAUAGUAAUUUUUGAGUCAUUUUAAUUACAUUAUGCUGGUUAUCAUGACAUAUGUUUAUCACAGUUCACUCGAAAAUCAUGUCAAUUUCAUUGUAAAGUUGUAAAUAUAGUGUCUAUAAAGUAUGAAUAGUGAGUCCAUGAGUUUUAAUUUGUAGCUCAUUAUUAUGUAUAAUGUAUAGUUUAUGGUAGAUAUAACAUGCAAGAAGAGGUUUCAUGAACUAAUAUGUAUAUAUGUUGAAACUUGUAAACUAUGCAUCACAUUUUUUAUGUCGGGUAACAUGUACUACUUUUACAAAGCCAAUUAUGAUAGUAUGAUCAAAGUCAUAUUAGCAUAAAAAGAUUUUACAAUUGUCCUCACCUUCGCUCAUUUUCUCUUUUCCAUGUUUUCUUUCCAUAUUUAACUAAAAAGAUAUAUUCUGCCUUUUACAUGGUAAAUUAAAUAUUAUAAUUAUACUUUAUUUGUUUGUACUUUACAAAUGCGUAUUGUAGCUAAAUUACCGGAUGGAUUAGUUGCCCUUAUUUAUCACAACAAGUUUAAAUAAAAGGAAACGGAUUAACUCUUCAUCUGUUAGUGUAAACAGAGCAUGAGUUGGAUAGUAUCCUGGUAUGAAAUCAAUCCCAAAAAACUAAUAUAUUAUAAACUGUUAAAUUGGGAGAUCAAGCUCGUUUUCUAGCUGGUUUUUUUUUUCUACAUCAUGUAAGAUUGCAAUCUAUAUGUUGCAUACAUACAAAUUAAAAUGGGCUCCUGAUUCAUGUUUUAUGAGUAAAAGUGCUUCAUCUUUACACUGUAUGUCUGUACGUAAUAUUUUUGCAUUAUACAACAAUGGCUAAUCUUAUUAUCUUUUAAUUUAGUUCACUAUUAGUUUUCUUAAAAGAUACAUCAUCAAAGAUCAAUAUCAUUCAGUACUAGUUCAUAAGGGAAAAUAAUUCAUUAAAUGGCCACAUCUGUGGAAUCUACAUAAAUGCUGAGACAUUAAAAAAAUUAAAAAAAAAAAAAGUAUUUAAAGCCAAUGUUGAUCCCAAGUUGAUAUUUCCAAAUAAUUUGGUUUUACUUUCAUUAUAAUAUAAAAAGCUUAAUCCAAAAACAUAAUGCUCACUAUUUUACAGUCAUAGGCCUCACAGACAUCAUAAGUUACGACACAUCUUAAACUCUGUUGUACUUAAAGAUAAUCUUUAAAUGUAGGAAAAUAAAAUGUAGCAACACAGGUUAAGUUUUAGUCAUUUAUGUAUAAACUUUAAUGAAUGUGAUCCAAAACCUUAUAAAUUGAUUUCGUUUUUAACAUAACAAACAUAUAAAGAUUAUUACUAUUAGAUUACACAGAUAAAUACUUUAAUACCUUAACACAAUGCUGUAACUGUGUGGUGUUUAUGUUCAUUGUUAUUUGUGCUGGUAUGCAUUUUACCUAUUACCUAGUGCAUGUGCCGAUAGGGUCAUCGAGAAAAACUAAGGGCCCGGGUCAAAAAAAUUUACAGUCUCCAUUACUUAUGUAAAACUUUUCAAACCCAACAAUUAAAAAAAAAAUUACCCUUGCCAUAACUGUAAAUGUUAUCUGCAAGUAUCACAUAACUUGUAAGGUUUCCAAUUAAUUAUAUUGGUAAUAAACUUGUAAAUUUCAUUAUAUCAGGGUAAACUCGCAUAUUAAAAUAAAAAACUUUCAAAUGCCACUGGAACUCCUCAGGCUGGGAAUUUUGAAACAACAACCCCCCCCCCCCCCCCCACACACACACAAACACACACACACACUUCCACCACUCACGAUGGUCCUGAUUGCCAAUAGAAUUAAAAAGUGAAUAUGUUUAACACUACGGAAAAUUAAUAUGCACAAGUGUAUAGUUUUAAGAAAUAAUAUUAAUUUGACAAGUGAACUCAACAGACAUAAACAUAAAUCAAACAAGAAAAAUACAUGCAUUGAUGUCAAUUGUGAGUGAAGAAGUACAUUCACCAAGCACAAAGUUUGUAUCGUUGUCUUAUCACCAACGGGAAAUGUUUUACCGUUGGUGAAAAAGUUGGGACAGAUUUAUUCUUACUAUAAAAGAUUAAAAUUUGUAUUUGAUAUUUAAAAAUGGAGUAAUGUAAUACUGUUUUUAUAUAAAAAUCAAUGGUACAUUUUAAAAAUAUUUCAGUGUUACAAAAAAAAUAUUAUUCUCCGAAAUAAUAUUGAUACGUAAAUUUAGUUUGUUAAUAAACUCUAAAGUAUAAUGAAUAGUUUUUCUCUUUGCAAAAUAAAUAACAGCAGUUUGGUCUUGUUCGCAUGCCUGCAGCUUCGACUUUAAGCCCUCCCACUUUCUCUGUGACUCAACAAUCAAGUGGUUUCAAUGUAAAAUGUAUAUUUUGAUGUGGACAGAAUAUAAACUUAUUUUUUGAGUGUC